UAUUUGGAGAAGAAUAUAAGGCAAUAGCACAAUUUAUAGCAGGAAAUACAUUCCUACAGCUACAUCGUGUUUUAAUGCAAACAAAACAUGAGCUCCUAUUUUGUUAAUCCCCUCUUUUCCAAGUACAAAGGCGGCGAGACAUUGGAGCCAACUUACUACGACUGUCGGUUUCCUCAAAGCGUUACCCGUAGCCACGCGCUGGUGUAUGGACCCGGAGCAGCAGCACCGGGCUUUCAACACCCGUCCCAUCACGUUCAGGACUUUUUCCACCAUGGGACAUCUGGAAUCUCCAACCCCGGAUACCAACAAAACCCCUGCGCUUUGGCUUGCCAUGGAGACGCCACGAAAUUUUAUGGAUACGAAGCCCUUCCGAGGCAAACGCUUUAUGGUACCCAGCAAGAGGCGAGUUUAGCGCAGUACCCAGACUGUAAAUCGUCCAAUGGCACUAACCCCGGCGAGGGACAAGGCCACUUAAAUCAAAACUCGUCUCCCAGUCUCAUGUUUCCUUGGAUGAGACCUCACGCCCCAGGCAGACGCAGCGGACGGCAGACCUACAGUCGCUAUCAAACACUUGAACUGGAGAAGGAGUUUCUGUUCAACCCUUACCUCACACGCAAACGACGGAUCGAGGUGUCCCACGCGCUGGGCCUGACAGAGCGACAGGUAAAGAUUUGGUUUCAAAACCGGAGAAUGAAAUGGAAAAAGGAGAAUAACAAAGACAAGUUCCCGGGUCAGAGAGGAGAGACCGAGGCCGAAGAGGAGGGCAACGAGGACGGUGAAGUGGAAGAGAAGGAAGACAAGGAAACGGAAGAGAAAGAGGAGACUAAAGAGUGA